CUCUACAAAAUAGUGGAUUACAGUAAAUAUACAUCUGUGACAUUUAAUAUUUUGGCUUUCUUUUUCAUUUAUGUAUUUCUUUAGCUGGGCACCUCUGUUGGAGUUGAAAAUAUGGACGAUCGUUCAUAUUAUUGCAGUGUUUCCCAGCAAACACUGAGACUGAACUGAGUCACUGGUGUUGCUCAAGAGCAAAUACACAACACACGGCAGACCGUAUGAACCAGUGAAAUUAUGACAGCUCACAUAACACUGCCCUCAUCUGUCCAAUCAUUAAUAGACAGUGAGCUCUUUCUUUCAUUAACCCCGUUGUUUUGUGACGCCAUGGAAAAAGGUAAUGAUGUGAGUUCAUUUGGCUGUGAAUUCGUGUGCAGAUGGACACGAACGGGAUCGAAGUCUUCUGCGUUUCCAUCGUCCUUCAGCACGUUCGGCUCGUCUCAGAUAGAUUGAUCUGAUGAUGACGGUGUCCGUCAGAGGCCUGUAUUUCCUCAUCACUCUGUUCCUGGGCAGUUUCUUCGGCAGCAUCUUCAUGUUGGGUCCCGUUCUGCCGCUCAUGCUGCUCUCGCCGGCCUGGUAUCGCUGGAUCACGGACCGCAUCGUGGCCACAUGGCUCACCCUACCGGUGGCGCUACUGGAGCUGGUGUUCGGGGUGAAGGUGGUCAUAACGGGUGACGGCUUCAUUCCCGGCGAGCGCAGCGUCAUCAUCAUGAACCACCGUACACGUCUGGACUGGAUGUUCCUGUGGUGCUGCCUGCUGCGCUACAGCUACCUGCGUCUGGAGAAGAUCUGCCUGAAAGCGGCAUUGAAGGCCGUGCCCGGGUUCGGUUGGGCCAUGCAGGUGGCCUCCUUCAUCUUCAUCCAUCGCCGCUGGGAGGAAGACCGCAGUCACAUGUCCAACAUGCUGCAGUAUUUCUGCCACAUCAAGGAGCCGCUGCAGCUGCUGCUCUUCCCCGAAGGCACCGACCUCACCGAAAACACUCGCGCCAGGAGCGAUGAGUUUGCUGAGAAAAACGGCCUUCCAAAGUACGAGUACGUUCUUCACCCGCGCACCACCGGUUUCACCUUCAUCGUUGACACGCUGCGGAAAGGAGAUAACCUGGAUGCUGUCCAUGAUAUUACCGUGGCGUAUCCGCAGAACAUCCCCCAGACGGAGCGACACCUGGUUCUGGGCCUGUUUCCCCGUGAGAUCCACUUCCAUGUGCGGCGCUACACGGCGGCAGCUCUGCCCAAAUGUGCGGAGGAGCUGCAGCUGUGGUGUCAAGAGCGCUGGCAGGAGAAAGAGCUGCGGCUGCGAGAGUUUUACCAGGCUGUGCCACGCCGCUUUGACGAACCCGAGGCUCGUGUGCCACCCUGUAAGAGCGAGCUGAGGGUGUCUCUGAUCAAAGCCGCGUCACUGCUGUACUGGACCUUCUUUAUUACCGCCUCCUUUGUCGGCCUGUGGCUCUGGGUUCCCGUUCGCUUCUACUUCGUGUUGAUGGUGAUCUUCUUCCUGGGUCAGCAGAGGGUGACGGGCGGCGUGGAGCUGAUGGAGUUGGCAUGUCACCGCCACUGGAGUUCAAAGGACAGAGAGCGCGGUGGAAAUGAGGCGAAGGAGGAAUGAGAGGAGACGCUGGUUUGGUGUGUUUGUGUAUUCAAAGCGGCCAUGGCGCCUCCUGCUGGCUGAGAGGAUGAAGCGCAGCCUCCUGCAGUAACGACACGCCACACUGCAGCGGCGCAAAGAGGGAUUCGACGUCAUUCUCUGACAUUAUAAACACAUCAUGGGAGCGCUGACUCAACAUUUAUCACUGUGCGAACGAAUGUCGUACCUACGGAAGCUUGUUCUACCAUGGAAUAUAAAAAAGGUAAUUGCGACUUUUUAUCUCACAAUUCGGACACUCCGAAUUUAUAUGAGAUAUAAAAUUCAGAAUUGUGAGAUAUAAACUUGCAAUUGCGAGGAAAAAAGUCAAAAUUUUAAGAUAAAAAGUCGCAAUUACCUUUAUUCCGUGGUGAAAGCAAAAUAACAGAAUUGCGAAACAACAUCAAAAUUGUAGAACGUAAAUACAGAAUUGUGAGUUUAACUUGCAAUUCUGAGGAAAAAAAGAGUUGCACUAUAUAAAUUUGCAAAAAAAAAAGUCAGAAGGUUAAAUGUUGUGCAAUUAUCCUUGUUAUUUUUCAUUCCGUGGCAGAAACAAGCUUCCAUACGUGCCUGAGGACUCGUCUGUUAGCGUCUCUCUCUCCGAUUUCCUCCUUUUAUUCUCAGUCUUGUUUGUUUCCUCGUGUUUUAGUAGCUCCGGUCCAGCCCCGCACACGACAUGUGACAAAUUUAUAUAUAUCAUGGCCACGAAUUAAGAAGUAAAUUUUAAGUAAAUCGUGCGCACAAUAUAAUAAUUUGUUCCCUCGUUUUACUAAAUAGUGUGCACAAUAUAAUAAUUUGUUCCCUCAUUUUACUAUACGAUAUAAUAAUUUGUUUCCUUAAUUUAGUAAAUCAUGGCCACAUUGUACUAAUUCGUUCCCUCAUUAAGUAAAUCGUGCGCACAAUAUAAUAAUUCAUUUCCUUGUUUUACUAAAUCGUGCGCACGAUAUAAUAAUUCGUUCCCUCGUUUUACUAAUUCGUGCGCACAAUAUAAUUGUUUCCUCAAUUUAGUAAAUCAUGUGCACAAUAUAAUAAUUCGUUCCCUCGUUUUAAGUUAAUCGUGCACAGAAUAUAAUAAUUCGUUCUCUCGUUUUAAGUUAAUCAUGCGCGCAAUAUAAUAAUUCAUCCCUCAUUUUACUAAAUCGUGCGCACAAUAUAAUAAUUCCUUCCCUCGUUUUAAGUUAAUCGUGCGCACAAUAUAAUAAUUCAUUCCCUCGUUUUAAGUUAAUCGUGCACACAAUAUAAUAAUUUGUUCCCUCGUUUUAAGUUAAUCAUGCGCACAAUAUAAUAAUUCAUCCCUCGUUUUACUAAAUCAUGCGCACAAUAUAAUAUUUGUUCCCUCAUUUUACUACACGAUAUAAUCAUUUGUUUUCUUAAUUUAGUAAAUCAUGGCCACAUUGUACUAAUUUGUUUCCUUAUUAAGUAAAUCGUGCGCACAAUGUAAUAAUUCGUUCCCUCGUUUUACUAAAUCGCGCACAUGAUAUAAUUUGUUUCCUCAAUUUAGUAAAUCAUGUGCACAAUAUAAUAAUUCAUCCCUCGAUUUACUAAGUCAUGCACAAGAUAUAAUUCGUCCUUGCGUUUAAAGUAAACUGUGCGCACAAUAUAAUAAUUUGUUCCCUCUUUUUACUAAAUUGUGCCAUGAUAUUAUAUUUCUUUCCAUCCUUUUACUAAAUCGUGCGCACGAUAUAAUUCAUUCCCUCAUUUUACUUACUAUGCGCUCUAUAUAAUUAGUUCCCUCGUUUUACUAAAUUGUGUGUGCGGUAUUUAUUUAUUUUUUUCCCUUGGUUUCACUUAAUCAUGCACACCAUAUAAUAAUUUUUCCCUCGUUUUACUAAAUCGUGCGCACGAUAUAAUUCAUUCCCUCGUUUUACUUAUUGUGUGCUCUAUAUAAUUAGUUUCCUCGUUUUACUAAAUCGUGUGCAAGGUAUAAUAUUUUUUUCCCUAGUUUCACUAAAUUGUGCGCAUGAUCUAAUAAAUCGUUUCCUCGUUUUACUAAAUUGUGCUGAUGAUAUAAUUAGUUCCCUCAUUUCACUAAAUCGUGGCCACGUUGCACUAAUUCGUUCCCUCGUUUUGAUUUAGUAAAUCUAGGGAACGAGCUAGUAAAACGUGCUGACCUAUUAGUAAGUCGUGGGAACUAAUUGUGUGUAACUUGUGGCCUGAUACACAUAUUAGUUCCUGCAUGUCAUGUGCGGCUCCGUAAGUUUACCACAGCCAUAUUUUAAAGAGCUAUUGUAUUUUAUUUUCUCUGGUUUCUUUUUAUUAUUUAUUUGUUUUAUAGUUAUGGAUCACAGCCAUAGCACAUUAGCUUUAAGUGCUCAUGGAGAAUAAUGUUGUUUAAAUGUUAAAACAACAGAAACCCCCACUGUACUGAUGUUCAUCCGUGGACGUUCAUCAGGAGCGUGUCGUGUGCGUUUUCUCAAAGCUCUCGCGGCUCUUACAUGCAUGGCUGCAGAAACUCGCAGCGACGAACAGAACGAAGGCUUUCUUCAGCUGGAAUGAAAAUGUGACUUUCUCAGACAAUCCUCAUUUAAAUCAGGGCAAAUGCUGAGUUACCAAUAUACUAGAUUACAGAAUAACUGACCUAACUGUCUCACUCUCUGUCCCCGUCUGCCUCACCUUUGACCUCUCGUGUUCCUCUGAUGCUGUCAAACACACACGGAUUCUCUCAAUAUUGAUCAGUACUAGUAGUGUCCUGAUGUGAGCGGGUCAUGUUCAUGCUGCUGUCUGAUAAUGUUUGAACUGGUUUUGUGUCUGAAGGAGGAAGACCAGCUCACUGUGAUGGAAAACAGUGUCUGUAUUCGCACACGUGUCCAUAAUGCACAUGUACAACCGUCACUAUCACUCAGGUAUAUUCAAUCACUGUAAUCAGUAAUCAAUACUCUAAUAAAUCAAUGUUCUGUGUUUCUUUUCAA